GCACAAUCCAUGGUUGAGUUGGGAAAUUCAAAACCAACUGAUAAGGAGCCAUCUCUUUCUAAGGAGACUAGACAUGUGGUCUAUGGAUGACUUUUCUGGUUUAAUCCAUGGACUUGGCAGUGGGUAUACACCUUUGGCACGUUUGUGGUGGCUAAAGGGUAUGGAGAACAGUGAUGCAUGUCACUCUUUGCUAUAUUAAAUAAACAAAUACUAGUAAAAUAAGAUAAAAAAGCCAAUCAUGGCUAAAAAAAGAAAUUAGAGUUGUAACACUUGCGAUGUGAAGACUUUGCCAUGACUGGUAAACAACCAGUCAGGUGGUUGGGUCUAUGGAGCCCCUUACGCUCGUUUGAGUGCACUAUGCCACUUCAUGGCAUGAGUAGUUGACUGGCUGUCCGUCAUGGAACGUGUACCUUCCAUGCCACCUGUCUAAGGAUGCAUAGUUGUUGAAAGAGGAUCGGGUGCUACAUGAUCAAUUGAUCAUUGCAAGUAUCUCAAGCCUUAUGUAUUUUUUUUCUUUGGGCAAGGGGUAUCAACGAGUUCAAAGUUAACCAACCAUCAUGAUGGUAGGCAUGACAUGACACCCUCUUUGUGGACAGAGCUUGCAUAGCUAGCCAUGACACGAAGGGCGUGUUGGGAUAGAAUAGUGGAGACAGUGAUUGAUUUUGGCCUUUUAAUUAUCAAGGCCAAUGCUAAUUACGGUUGGAUAUGCUGCAGGGGGUGGUUUAGUGCGUUUUGGUUUUUAUUAAUAAAACCCACGAGCAUAUUUUUUAGUGGUGUAGUUGGGGGGCAUUUGUUUGCCACUAAAAAAUCACUCAAUACCACAUUGUUUAUUUUCAAGGAGUGGUAGUGAUUUAUAAGGCCAACUUAACCAUGUUAAUUAAAUUGGUUUAGGCUGGGCCUAAAUAAUGGUAUUUUGGGCUUCAUACCAGGUACCUCAACACACACCACUUGACCCACCAAACACCCACCCGUCACGCAAGGGGGAUCAAGUGUCAAGUGCUAUACCUCUUCCCAUGUGACGCAAGCGGGGUUAAGCACUAUACCUCUUCCCAGGUGACGCGAGUCCCUAAAUGUGGUGGCGAAAAAGCCAAAAUUUGGCUGAGUGUUGAGACCCACAACACAAAGGGGGUCAAGCAUGACAUCAUCCCAAGGGGGUUUAAGCAUGAUGCCAUCCAAGGUGAGUCGAGUAUGACGAGACACAAGGGGGUCUAGCCGCCUACUGGGUAUCAAGCAUGUUGGCAAGGGAAGAAGGGCAACGCGAGUCCCUAGACCAUGGUGAUGAAGAAAGCUGAAAUUUGGCUAAGUAUGGAGACCCAACCACUGGGGGGGAGGGGGUCAAGCAUGACAUCGUGCAAGGGGGGUCAUGCAUGACAUCGUCCAAGGGAGUCAAGCACCAAGUAUCGUAGCCACCUACCUUGCACUAGGGUGUCAAGCAUGAUGCCGAGGUGAAAAUUGGCUUAAGUAUGGAGAUCCAACCACAAGGGGGGUCAAGCAUGACACCGUCCAAGGGGGUCAAGCACCGAAUACCAAACACUAGGAUGUCAAGCAUGAUAUCGUGCCAGGAAAGUUGGUGUCGGCAUUGCUUUGACACUCACCUCUCAAUUACCCAAGCAGAGCAGGCGUGCUAGGUCUCGUGCAAGGUCAUCAAGUUUCUAAGUAGUCAGCCAUGUAUAUCAUCACAUGGUAGACCACCUUGUCAAGACCCUACAAGCAUGAUGCCAACCCAAGGGGGUCAGUGUGCAUCCAUCCCCCAAGCACCCUGGUGUCGAGCAUGACAUCAUGUCAAGGUGGUUAGCACGAGUACCACCAAGCGUGAAGCCUUCACUCACCAAACAAGACACCUCCAUGGCACAAUGGGUUAGCUAUCAAGUGAAGUCAUCAAGUGGCAAGCGCGCAAGACAGUCAAGGCGUCAAGCAAGCUACAUCAAGCACCAAGCAGUGGAGCAGCGGUUACCAAGAGGCGGUUGCACGACGGUUACAAGGGAUGGCUAUAAAUAGGAGAAACGAAAACGAAGCAAGGGUUCCACAACCAAACAUUUGACGCACAAUGUCAAACUUUAUCCUUUUCUCUGCAAAUUAGCCACAACCUUAGUUUUCGGAGCUCUCACUGAACCUCCAUAGGAGUAGGAGUAAUUAACGAAGCUUGUUCUCAAAAAACCAUCAAAAUCUUCAAACACCCUCGUUCGAAUAUUGUUCGGAGAGGAGUGAACCGUGCAAUUAUCAUUGUUCAAGAAGUCAAAGAUGUAUUUAUUGAGUUCAAACACCAGAUUGUCCUCGUCGGAAAACAACAGGCUACAACCUUAGUUAGCCAGCUAAAAGAGCAAAAGAGUUCAUCCACCCAAUAAAAGAGAAGUCUUCGACCAAAAUAAUAAAAAUAAAAGAGAAGUCAACAAGAGAGAUGGUUGUCAAGAAAACUGAAAAAGCAAGCAGUUCUGCCGACGUGGAGAAUGGGACUUCCCGCGUAAACGCAUGCACUCACAUGAUAUACUAUGCGACCGCAGAGGCAAGCUGUCUGUGCCAGCACAAGACAGCAGCACCAAUCUCAUUUUGACAAAACAUUCCAGCGCUCACUGCCUAGAGUGUACGACUACUUUUUGUAAAGGAAGCUAGCUAGCUAGCAGUGUUAGUUGUUGAUGAUCAUGAUUAGACGCUUUUGCAUGAACUCCGUUUAUCAGACUACUGUUGAAGCAUUAUUGCUAGCAGAUUAGCAGAAUGCAUGCUAAUUAUGAGUCUUAAAAAAGAUUAGCUACUAAAUUACCAAACGAUAAAACAAUGUACAUCUGUUCUUCGUUCUUGUGCUAUAUAGGUAGAAGAAAUCUAGUCGAAGAGGAAAACAUGUAAGUGGGAAAUUAAGUUAGGGGCGGACGCACAGAGCUUUAGGGGUGUCCCGGACACCACUAAAUUUUGGAAAAACAAUUAUUCAACCCACGGUAGUAAUUUAUGUAUGGAUAAAAUAUUUAUAAUUAAUAGUGAGCGACACUCCUGAAAUUUGAAAAAAUGAUAAUUCUAAUUUCAUUUUUUAAAAUUUGUGUAUGGGAAUAUAAGUGGUAGGUUGGAUAAUUCAAACCUAGAGCACUAUUAUUAUUAACAAACUUAAUUUCCAUUAAACUACAACUCAUUUGUUGUUUGGUUUUGAACCCGGUAUCAUAGUAAAAUGUCAUUCCGUAUUUCUAAUUAUUUUCAAAACCUAGCAAUUAAACUAAUUUCAACCUAUCCUUAAUUUUUAUUGAUUUUAUGGUUGUACGACAAGUGUUGAAAGAUUCUUUCAGCAUUGGGUUACAUCAAGAACAAGUUUACAAAUCGAAUAUGCGAUAAGUUCAUGAAUGAUUGUCUAGUAGGCUAUAUAGAGACAAUUGUUUUUUUUUAAUAUUGUAGACACCAACUGUAUUCUACAAUUAUUGCAGAAUAUGAGAACACAUAAUGGACUUUUUAAAGCUGUAUGAGUAAGCUAUUUUCUUAUUUACAAUUUUAUUUUUAUUAAUUAUUUUAUUUUUAUUAAAUUUAUUUUUUAAAAGAAGACACCCCUAUGUUAGCCGUACUAACUCUAUAUGUUCUCCAUCUUGUAGCAGAUGGAGGAGCUUCCUGUCAUUGUCCAUAUAGACCCAACUCGUUGAGAUAAAGAAAUAAAGGGUUGACAAACCAUACCAAAUUAAAUCCAAUUCGAAACUCCAAAGGGGUUGAAGAGAUGAAAAAAAUGGGCAUGGGUUAGCAUGAUUACUUAAUUUUCAGUAAUCACAGUGGCUACCAAAAUCUCCACCCUUCAUUAUCUUUAUUUUAAGCUAUUUUUAAAUUAACGGUAAAGAUUAUAAUAAGGGUAAUUUUGGAAA